UUCACGUGACACACAUAGCUUCGGAUAGUCCAGCAAAUAAAUAAUUAUUGGAGGUAGAAUGAAGAAAGCAUAGCACUGGAAUUAUUUCUGGUCAAUGUAUCGACAUAAAUAUCAAAUAUGUCGCAAGAUUUGGAUUUGAGCAAGUUUGUGUGCGACAUUGCGGAAUUUACAGCCGACUUAGUAGAUGAUGGAAAAAUCGAGGAUGCUUACGAAUAUCUAGAUCAUCACACGCGAACAGAUCAGAUCUUUGGAAACAUGAAUAAAGUCAUCAACAUCAUUGUAUCGCUCCUGCCUGCUUCAAACCCUAAAAUACAGAUUUGUGUCGUUUAUAUGGCAGUGAAGUUUGGUGUGAAGGAUGCUGGGACGGCUCUCAAUAUGAUCUGUAAAAUAACGGCUUUAAUUCCCGACCCAGAACGUCGCAAUUGGUCAAUCUUCCAACAAAAACUUCGAUGUUAGAAUCUAUGACAUAAAGGCUGAUGUGCUUUUCAGUUUUCUGCAUUCAUUUUUGUGCAAGAUGAGCGUAAUUGCUGAUUAACUGUCUUGCUUCAAGUAAACUUAAUUUAAAACCAAAAUAAUUUGGGUGUAUUUAACUUAGCUGUAUUUGUUACCGUGUUGUUAUAUUGAAAUAUUGGAUUCAUUUCUACUGUCUGUUUUGUACAAAAUAUACGGAUAGAGAAUGGAUUUAAAAAAAAAUAAAAAAUGCUG